AGGUUGUGAGGGAGGGUGAGUUUGCGAAACGAAGGUGCCUGCUGGAAUGUGGAGGGCACGUGCCGCUAUAUACACAUCCUGGGAAGCGUGCAACCUCAUCCAACCCCAUCCUACGUUAUCCAACAACCUCAUCCAUCGCGCGUCGAAGUAACUUGCGCCACUCAACUUCCGCGCAGUGCACAACUUCCUACGAAGUGCGGCGCUUCAUAGGGUGAGUCCGACGCGGGAAAGAGGUGCAACUUCUUAGGAAAGCGGCUUCCUACUAGGUAUCAUAGUCGCUUUUCCUGGCCGACAAUGAUUCCAUGUUGGCCUGUGGCUAAGUGGGCGGCGUGUCACACGUCAUUUUUACUGAUCAUGACUCAUCUCGGAACGGAACGUGUCACACACGCACUUCGACAGUGCACCACCACCAGCCUUAGACAGCUGUUUCGAAUGGCACUGGAUGGACUCCGUCGGACGGCGGAUCUUCGAUCCGUCUACUCUACUACUGCAGUCAUGGCGCGCCGAGCCUGACCGAAACAUCCACUUUUUGCACGUGGCGCUGCGGUUGGAUGCGUCCAUGCGAGAUUAUCUAGGCCUGACGUAGCAGUAUCGCGCCACAGCUCGAAUCUGGAUGUCAUUACCC